AUGACAGAAAUUAGAUCACAUAAACUUCUUGAGAAAUCUCUAGUUGCUCCAGCAUCACUUCCUAAUAGUACAACAAGAACAACCUCUUCUCUUCCCCUCUCAUUCCUUGAUUUGCCUUUAGCGGGUCCUGUUUACGUGAAAAGACAAUUCUUCCAUCACUUUCCACACUCCACACACCAUUUUUGUGAAACCACACUCCCCACUCUCAAAUACUCUCUCUCUCUUAUCCUUCAACACUUCUUUCCUCUAGCUGGAAAUCUCUUUUGUCCUCCACCACCCCACAAACCCUUCAUUCGCAACACCGAUGAUGACACUGUCACUUUAACCAUCUAUGAAUCCAAAGCUGAUUUCAACCAUCUCUCAUCCAACCACCCAAAGAGUCUCAAAGAAUUGGAUUACCUGUUUCCCAAGUUGACAUUCACAACCAUGCAUGACGACACCUUCAUUUUCCCUUUAGCGGCAUUACAAGCCACGGUUUUCCAAAACCAUGGCCUUUGCAUCGCCCUCACAUAUUGUCAUGUGAUGGAUGGCAAGAGUUGCAGUCAUUUCAUGAAGUCUUGGUCUUCCCUUUGUCAAAGUGGUGGAGUUGACUUGACACUUUUAGAGAAGUCACCACCGUGUUUUGAUAGGGAAGUGUUGAAGGACCCUAGAGGACUCGAGGCUAUUUUCUUGAGAGACUAUUUCGAAGAGAGAUCAACUUGGAAGGAUAAGCUCAUUGAUGAAAAUCCUACACAUGUGUGUGAUGAUGAGGAACAUUUUAAGGCAACGAUUGUUUUUAGAAAAGAUGAUAUUGAGGGCUUAAAAAGAUGGGUUCUAGCACAGUGGAAGAAAAAUUAUGACUUGAACCCACCGCAAUAUCUGUCAAAAUUUGUGGUUAUUUGUGGUCUUGUGUGGGCUAGCUUGGUUAAAACCAGAUGCAAAGAUCAUGAUGACGAAGAAGAUGAUAAAGAAGAAUACUUUCGUUUUGCCGCAGAUUGCAGAGAUCGCCUUGGUUAUCCUAUACCAGAAACAUACUUUGGAAAUUGCUUAACGCUAUGUUAUGCCAUGCUUAAGAGAAAUGAGCUUAAGGGGGAGGAUGGUUUUGUGAAUGCGGUCAAGGCAAUUGAAAAGACAGUGAGUGAUAUGAAAAAUGAACCCUUUAAAGAUGCAGAACAUUGGAGGGCAUUUUUUAUGAAGAUGUUUGUCUUGGGAAAUACGUUGCUAGUUACCGGGUCACCCAACUUCAAAGUUUAUGAGACUGAUUUUGGAUUUGGAAGGCCUACCAAAGUUGAAAUGGUUCAUUCCUCCAGGUGUAUGUCUAUAGCCGAAAGUAGAGAAGAGGAAGGAGGACUUGAGGUUGGUUUGGUGUGUAAAAGUACAGAGUUUCAAUAUUUAUUUUCUGUCAUUGAACAAGAACUAGAAACUACAAAACUCCAAGUCUAUUAG